CCCAAAGGUCGCGUCGGAUCAUUCUUCUACUCAAUUUCCAAGUCCAAUCCCCAGAAGCCCCCACGACCUCCCGGCACCACCCACGAGGAUAUCACUAACCACAUUGUGUCUGAAAUCUAAUAAGGAUCUGAAUUCACUUUUCACACAUUUGCGCCAAGAAUAACGCGUCUUCUCAAACCCUAAACCAAAGACAUCAACUUUUCGAUGCCGAAGGCCAAACAACGAAACGCGACCUUGUCGGCAUUGGUCGAUUCGGACUCGGACGACCAUUUUGCUGAGACUGGUGCGAUGCCGAUUCCAGAUUCUGCGGCAGAAAUUCUAGCCGUAGCGAAGAAGGGACGGGGACGGGCAAAAACCACGAAGGUUGCGCCCAUGAAGGUCGUCAAGGCGAAAGCUCCUUCACGUCGGUCGAUCACUAAGCAAAAACCACUUACAGCCACACAGAAGAAGGCUAGCAAGCGACGAGCGCUAGCAGAUAAGACAAAUCAGCAAGUUGCCAGUGAUACGGAGGAGGUUGACGAGUUUGCGCAAGAUGAAGAGCCUAUUGUGGCAAGAAUGGAGAUAGAAGAUACGGUCGUGGCAGUGGUUGAAGAAACUCAGCCAAAACAAAAGGCUGCGUCGAAGAAAGCUGCCGCAAAACGAGGAGGGAAAGCUGCGAAAGAGGUUGAUCAUAUUGAAGCUGUGGUGGUGGAGGCUCAACCAAAAGCGAAAUCACGACCUGGCCGAAAGAAGGCGUCUGUGAAAGAAGAACCUGGCGAACAGGCUUCGCCAGAGAAGGUCGUACUGGAAACGCAAGUUGAGGCAAUGGAUCUGGAUGUCGAAGCGGAUGACGAAGUGGAAGAAACUGUUUCGGUAACUGUCAAUAAUGCCGCUCGAUCAAGGUCCGAUGAUCGAGCGCGACAGCCACCCGUAAAACGAAUACGAGCAGGAAGUUCUUCAGACACGGAAAGGGAUAAUCCUUCGCUUCGAAGAAAGCUUGGAGAUAUGACUAAAAAAUAUGAUGCUCUUCACAUUAGAUUUCAAGAUCUCAAGGAAAUUGCAUCAAAGGACGCAGACCAUACCUUUGACCAAUACAAAAAGCUGAGCGAGGAAAAGGAAAAAGGUAAAUGUCCAUGACGGUUGUUUUGCAUGUAUCUUUACUAAUGACCAUUAGCUUUGAACAACCUCAUUUCUUCCCUCAAGGCCGAUGUUGCGGCACAAACUGCCAUAGCAAAAGAAAGCAAAACUCUGAAGAAAAAGUUAGACUUGCAAUCGACCGACAUGGCGGCUCUUCAUGCACAAAUAACUCAGUUGAACGCAUCUUUAUCCGAGUCUAAGAAAGAAACUCAAGAAUUACUGGCCGAGAAAAAGACCCUAACUGCGGAAAACAAGACCCUCUCAACAAAAUUGGCUGCCAAUCGUAAAAUUGCUGCUUCUGUUGAAAGUGUAACCGUAAAAGUACCUGGCAGCGCAGUCAAGGCUGGAGGAAUUCGCAUGGUGGGCACAGCAGAAGCUGCCCAGGCCGCUCAAGCUGCACAGCUUAAGGAGGAUUUAUAUGGCGAUCUCACUGGUCUGAUCAUUAUGAGUGUAGCACGAAACCCAGAGGAAGAUAUUUUUGAUUGCAUACAAACAGGAAGAAAUGGUAGUAAGUUCAGGCUUGGUCUAUUCCAAUCUCACUCCGUACUGAUCACUUUGCAGCUCUUCACUUCAAGCUGGAUGCGGCCAACGAGAAAGCAUCGGAUAACUACGAUGAUGCACAGUGCAACUAUGUUCCUCAACUAGACCCCAGCAGAGAUGCAUCUUUGAUUCAGUUACUCCCAGAUUACUUGGUGGACGAGAUUUCAUUCCCGAGGUCGCAGGCAGCAAAGUUUUACGCGCGUGUUGUAAAAGCUCUAACGGAACAGGUCUCUUGAGAAAGGUUAAUGACAGUCAAGAGUUGCGAUCAUCUGAGUUUUGGAGUUUGGGGUUUGGAGUGUAUGUGGGUAGUCGCAGGCUUGAGAUACCUUUGGUUUGGGUUAUUCAUGCACAUAUGGAUGAUGUUGUUUUGUUCUGUAGAAAUGAGCGAGUUGAAGACUUCACAAACAAUGUCAAUGUUAAUAAUACUUCACUAUUGUUUGAGCUCGGCACUCAAUUCAAACUCGGUUGAAGAAUGAAAGCCAAAGCCCGCCCCUGAACCCCUGAAUGAUACAACUGGGGUGCCACGACCCUUGUCUGGGCAGAAUGACGGAAGCCCUCCGGGUACAAUUCCAGUCCCAGUCCCAGUGGCUCAACCCAAAAUAUCUAUCUCAGCAAAUGGCCAACGUUGCGAACAGCAAUACCAGAGUAGAUCAAGCUUGCAACUUGACCAGACGAGUCUGCAACACUCACACUCCCCAGUCCCGUUUACGGACGCGCCACUCCUUUGGAUUUCACAACAUUAUUCGCGUUCCCCGAGGACAUUUUUCCUCCUCGAGGGCCCAACCUUAAGCUUACGACUGCGAUCACGACCACGACCACUCCUACAAUUGAGUCUCCCGCGAACCAACACGUUUUCCUUCUCCCAAUAUGGCCCGGGUCAGUCGCUUUGGCUUUUUAGCCAUUGCGAUUGCCUUUCAUGUUGUUUAUAUAUACUCGAUUUUUGACAUUUAUUUCGUCAGUCCAAUUGUUUCUGGCAUGCGUCCAUUCGAGGUCGAGCGACCAGCUGGCGCGGAAGCUCCAGCAAAGCGGUUGGUGCUCUUCGUUGGUAUGAGAACUGCCCCUCCACAAGCACAAUCGCACAACCUCGUAGAUAUAUACUGACUCGAAAUAUUUUCGAACUUUAGGAGAUGGCCUCCGCGCAGACAAAGCAUUCCAAUCAUUUCCAGAACCGCAUCCUAAAAACGACGCCGAUCUCAAACCCAGACCCCUCGCGCCUUUCUUGCGCUCGCGCGUUCUCGAUCAUGGUACUUUUGGCGUCUCGCAUACUCGCGUUCCUACAGAGUCUAGACCUGGACACGUCGCUCUGAUAGCGGGCCUCUAUGAAGAUGUGUCUGCGGUAACAACAGGGUGGAAGUUAAAUCCGGUGAAUUUCGACAGUGUAUUCAACAGAAGUCAACAUACGUGGAGUUGGGGAAGUCCAGAUAUUCUCCCCAUGUUCCAGCUGGGUGCCACCCCUGGUAGGGUUCAUGCCGAUUCGUAUGAUGCAGAAUUCGAGGAUUUUUCUCAAGAGGCGUCACAUCUGGAUACCUGGGUUUUCGACAAAGUUAAGGCUCUAUUCGAGGAAGCUGCAACAAACUCGACGCUCGACGCUGAAUUGCGCCAGGAAAAGGUGGUUUUCUUCCUCCAUCUACUUGGACUAGACACCAAUGGGCAUGGCUACAGGCCAUACUCCAAGGAAUACCUCAACAAUAUCAAAAUUGUGGACCAAGGUGUGCAGGAAAUUACAAAACUUAUCGAGGACUUCUAUAAUGAUGACAAAACUGCGUUUGUAUUUACAGCAGACCAUGGGAUGAGUGAUUACGGAAGCCAUGGAGAUGGCCAUCCUGAUAAUACGAGGACUCCAUUAAUCGCAUGGGGUUCAGGUGUAGCAAAACCCGUAAAGACUCCUGGGAAGAUUGCGCCAGGUCAUGACGAGUUGUCUUCCGAUUGGGACCUCAAUCAUAUUCAAAGGCAUGAUGUUUCUCAGGCUGAUGUUGCGGCUUUGAUGGCUUACUUGGCAGGACUCGCCUUCCCUGUUAAUUCGGUUGGAGAACUUCCCCUUUCGUUCCUGGCUGGCGACGUCGCUGCGAAAGCCGAAGCAUUCUUAGCCAAUGCCAGGGGCAUACUUGACAUGUACAGAAUUAAAGAGGGGCAGAAAAUGCAAACCGAAAUUCGCUAUCGAGCCUUCUCCCCCUUGGGCGAUAAGGAGAACUCGGUUGAACAUCGAAUUUCUAGUAUUAGAACUCUCAUUGAUGAAGGCCGACAUAAAGAAGCUAUUAAAGAAACAGACGAGUUAGUCAAGUUAGGUCUCGCUGGUCUGCGAUAUCUUCAAACCUAUGAUUGGCUUUUCUUGAGGGCUUUGAUCACUCUUGGGUACCUUGGAUGGAUCGCUUUCUCGACUACAACUGUCAUUGACUUGCAUGUCCUUCACGGAAACACUAAAACAUCUCGAACAUUGCCAGGCACAGUUUUCUUUUCGUCCAUCUUGGUUGUCUUAUAUGCUUCAUUUAUUGUAUCGAAAUCCCCUCCGACAUACUACGCAUAUGCCAUUUUCCCUGUGGCUUUCUGGGAAGAGGUAUAUGCUCGAAGAGAAGUUCUGUCUGAAGGUGGAAAGGCAUUGUUUGGUCAUGUUUCAACUAUGGGCGCGGCAUUUGCAUUAGUUUUUAAAGUUCUCAUCGGUUUAGCAUUGUUGGAGUCUUUGGUACAUAUAUCGUUUCCUCCUCUUCUAAAUCUACUGACGAUGUUUAGGCGUUGGGAUAUACGCAUCGCGAAGUUUUUUCCGUAUUGUUUGUUUGUGCUGCAUUUUGGCCGGCAUUCUAUGGAAUAGAGUUCCUGAGCCAACACACAAUACUCGUAGGGACAUGGGUUGUCUCGUGUGUGGUUAUGAGCACUUUCACUUUACUGCCAGCACUGAAGGUUGAGGAUAUUAACCUUGUGUAAGCUAUCUAUUAUUUUGGUGUCUGGAUUCGAUGCUAACCUUGACUUCAGAACUUCUGGCGGUGCUUUGAUGGCGCUAAUAGGAUUGCUCUACCUAAUUUUCCAAAAGGAUAUUUUGGCAAACUCAAAACUAGUGACCGACUCGGUCGCUCCUGCCAACGACCUCUUGUCUCGUACCCUCAUCGGCAUUCAAGUACGUCGGACAAACUCUUCUCGUAGAACUGUGUACUAACAGAGUUCAGGUGGGCCUCGUUCUCCUAACGACAGUAGUCACCAGGUCUAGUGCCACAUCGUUGCAGGCAAAAGCAGGGCUCCCAAUAGGGAAUCAAAUAGUCGGCUGGGCAGUUAUCGGUAUUGUGUUCAUUUGAAUAACACAAAUAAAUUGCUAAUGUCCGUGUAGUACUGCCAUUGGCUAUGCCAUUUCUCCACAGACUUCAGCCUAAUAACCAUUAUCUCCAUCGACUGAUGAUCAUCUUCCUCACUUUCUCGCCAACCUUUGUUAUCCUCACAAUUUCGUAUGAGGGACUCUUUUACCUUGGGUUCUGUGCCGUCCUUAUUACUUGGGUGCGGAUGGAACAUAGCAUCUAUAUCUUCACUAAACCAAAAACCCCAUCAACCAAAACAAAUGGGACGACCAAGCUCCCACCAUCCCUAACCUCCUCGCCAUUCCGAACACUUACUCUUUCAGAUGCCCGCGUGUCGCUCUUUUUCCUCACUCUCCUUCAAGCGGCCUUUUUCUGUACGGGAAACGUUGCCUCUCUAUCAUCAUUCAGUCUUGACAGCGUUAAUCGGCUUGUUCCCGUAUUCGAUCCUUUUUCCCAGGGUGCUUUGCUCGUCUGGAAACUCAUGGUUCCCUUCGCUCUUAUCUCAGCCAACCUUGGAAUCUUGAACAAGCGACUCGGUGUCGCUCCUUCUGCGUUGUUCAUGGUCGUCAUGGCGAUUAGUGAUUUCCUGACUCUCCACUUCUUCUGGGUCGUGCGGGAUGAGGGAAGUUGGCUGGAGAUUGGGAGUACGAUUAGUCAUUUCUGCAUAGCGAGUUUGUUUUGCAUUUUCGUUGCUAGUUUAGAAGGGGUGAGUGAGUUAUUUAUCAGUGGGGUUGAGGUGGAUGAUGAGAAGCAGAUGGAGAAGGAGAGGGAAUUGGGGAGUGUGGUGAUUGCUGAGAAGAAGGGGGAGAAUGGGGUGGUAGGUGGAGAGAAGGUUAAGGAGAAGGGGAAGGUCUUAUAG